ACAUUUCUCUGCACGGCACUACCAACCGAAUCGAGACGGGGAAAUUUAAACUUCAAGUAGAAAUGUCACAUUGAAUGUAGUCAACUGUUGGUAACCAUGAUUUUUAUGAAUGACAUCACCUAUGACGUGCAUCGGAUUUUAUUUGGUAUCCACUAUAACAUAACACAUUACAGUCAUCUUGUUUAGUUACAUAUCGGCCAUUGUGAAUUUCAUACACAGCUAUUAGAAGUGUACCGAGCAUCACCACCGCACCGGUCACUAUAGAGUUUUUGAGGGAUCCGCCACUUCUGCCAGCCAAGGGGAGAUAAUCCAACAUCCACGAACGACAAGAGGCGACCAGGGCGAAGAAGUCCACUGGCACCCGCCUGGUCAGAAGAAAUAACGCCGCUUGGGCCCGAGGCCAAUAGCAGAACUGGAAGAACCAGGAGAAUGCAGAGAAUUUGGGCGCUUUCCACUAUCGAAACGUCCAAAGGUCAACAUCUAGCUUGGGAAAGCCAAUUUAUCGAGGACGCCAGCCUACAGCUGAAUGUUAGAAGUUCGGGACGGAGCAAGAAUGACGAUUAUUCUUAUUUUCACUCUUUUCCGGAGUUGAAAACUGACCUCCGUUGCCUGCGCUGCGUCCGGGAAAAUCAAUAUCAACUGUUAGCCUCCAUUACCGGCUCCAGAGCACAAGGAAACAUGGAUAGUAAUAUAGAAAAUCGUAAGGAUUUAACUGAGCGGUAUUUUUAGUUUCUCUCCAAACAUGGUUAUAUUCUGUAGGUGUAGAUUUUAAAAUUUUUAUUAAAUUUGCCACCUUCCACAGGUAGGGAGAUCUCCAGGUUGGCGGUUUUCUGACAUUCUGAGGUGCUGUCAAGCGUUGCAUUGUCAAAGCUUAUUGAGCUAAAGUCAUCUGUUAACAUCCGUAUUUUGACAAUGGUCAUGACAAAUCUCGACAACAGUUAUUGUUAAAGCAUUCGUUUUGCAUACAGUCAAGUUUUAUAUAAUUUUUUGAAUGGUAGAAAAUAAUAAAAGGAUAUGUCUCGUUUUUACUUUUUACGCCAUUGGCGAGGAAGUAUUGUAAUCGCGACAGAAUUCGAAAAUGAGCUAUUAUGUUUUUCAAAAACGAAAAACCAUAUCACUAAUUUCCGUCGGUCUGUCUGUCUGCUUGUUUUUGAUAUCUUUAUAGUUUUUGGAAAUCGAUCCAAGGUAUAGGAAUAAAAAUCGCUUAAACUUCGUUUUUUGACGUUUGUGGUAAAAAUUGGACGAUUUGUAAGGGGAUGAGGUAGGGCGUACCGCAUUUUUCUGAUGUUAGUAUAUCAAUUACAUGUCAAUCCCUGUAAAUAUACGUACCCAUUAGACAUAUUUCACAUAUCAUAGAUAUUCCUGUUAAAAACUGGAAACAAUAUAUUCAGAAGACGAAUCGCGUAUCUAUCGGUUGCACUUGUCGUGCGCCACGUUCCAUCUUUGGUAGUGACUUGGCACGUAUCAAAGCAGUCGCUGCAGCUGUCACGGCCCAUCGCAUCGCUCUGUAUCAUAUCGCAUCGCUUCGCUCAGCAUCACAUCGUAUAGAAUCGCUUCGAAUCGAUUUUCAGCUGCACCCGGUAUCUAAACAGCAUUUGCCUAUCAAGGACUUUUAAUUUGUAAGUAUGGAAUGUUUGUGAAUAGUAUGUGAAUCUGUGGAAAGUCAGGUCUACCCCUACUUGACAAAAGGAUCAGGGUCCUGGGUCCACAAUGGGGUUUUGCUGCCCUGAGAAUAACUCAAUUUUUUACAUUUAAAUAUUUUAGAACAUGUAUUUUAAACUUAUGCCAAUAUUUUUUUGUUUUAUUGCUUUAUUUUUGUUAAAAGCCCAUAUUUUGCAAUUCUGGCAUGUUUGUCUUAAAUUCACCAAUUUUCGAAUAUUUGACAUAUCUACAUUUUUAUAUGAGCGCAUGAUCGCAGCACUUCAUAUUUUAUCUGCAAUAAAACACUCUGAGACACGAAAUAUACACUGCUUUUCACAAACCCCCUUCUUAAUUUUUAACGGGUCAAGUUAUAAGCUAAAAUUCGUAGUGGUUAGGUUUAUGAAUGGAUUUUGGCGUUAAAAUGGCAGUGGGAAAUUUCGAGAUAGCCGACCUUUUUCUGUUGGUUUAGUUCCUGAUAAAACUGUCGACGAGCUCCGGAACAGAUUCAAAAAUAUGAGAAAACUAAUGGAAGAAAGAAGAACUAUCGACGGUUUAGACGACUUAAGAUGAACGAGAAGCCCAGAGUGAUAGACGGCAGUUUUUUGAGCGUGGUAUUUGGAGUUGCACUGCUUGUUAUCAUAGCAGCCAAUCGUAACGCCUUUACUCUGCUAUACUCAAAAGAUUCCCUAUGCCACAUGAUGAACUUUAAGUGUCAGCAUGAAAAUGUUUAUUGUUAUUUCCAAUAUUCCUUUUAAUCCUUAAAUGUGGAUAAAGGGCAAAAGAUACAGGAGAAGGUUCCGUAUUCGUGAUGAACAGAGAAAUACAAAUAUUUUCACUUGAGGAAAAAAUGUUACCAGAAGUUUUAAUAUAGAGUUUGUUUUUUUCAUACUGAAGGUACAUUUCUAUUAGAACAAAUCAAAAUACAAAUUCAGCUUGUUGCUGAAAACAAACGAACGAAAACGAAGCAGGGCGUAUGUCGAUGUCUGUAUCAACUUUUCGAUUUGGAAUCAUUCAUAUUAUCACUAUAUAUGUAUUUUAUGUAACUGAUUAUUCUUGUUUCUCAUAAUGACUCCUAGAUACUACUAUACCCCGAUAAUUUUCUACAAUAAAUUAUACACUAG